GGCGAUGCGCAGUGAGUUAUCGAUGCUAUUAUAAAAGAUACACCGUACUGUGUAAAGAGUUGCUCAGCUACCAGGCGCUCAGUAUUACUCUUUCAUAAAACAGAUUUUUCAGGACAACCGUAAUCAAACGAAACGUGCCAGAAUUGCAUCAAGGUAUAUAAUAAAAAUAAAAUUUCGUUAAAGAUUUCUCAUUACAUAGACUCUAGCGAAGACAAACUAAUUCAUUGAUAAAGUAAUUAAACAAAUGAGAUAAUUUAAUAAACGCCAAACUUGUUUACAAUAGGAUAGCAGGCUUUGAUAUAAUUUCGUUUGAAGAGUCGAGAAUUGAAAUCAACGCUCUAUCGUGUAAACUAGCCGUAUCACGCUAGUUUAUACGAUAGAGCCUCGAUCACGUUUGCCAUUUUUGAUUUUCUGUUUCAGGCGAAUAAACGCGAUAAUUGCAUGCUAUUAUAUAUAGCAUACGAGUCAUUGUACGAGAAGUCUAUCUUCAUAUAUAGAAGUGCAUCGACAGCCCUCACGAGGUGGAAAUAAAUGCCGUAGAUCCGAAAUCCAGAAAUCGGCAGGUCUAUUCUCGAAUCGAUGUGGGAUCUCCAAUAGACGCACAUGGACGCUGUAGUUCUAAGGUGUAUAAAGAAAUAAAUCGAAAAAAUCGAUAGUAUACAUCGUGUACAUAGUUAUUCAGCACGAGCUGAAAUCAGGGGCGCGAGAAGUACAUAUUUUUAGAAUAUUUUAAAAUCUAACCAAUUCCCUCCAUGGAAAUUGACCUUUUUUAUGCACGUAUUAAAAAUAAUAUGUUAUGCAACUAACAAAUAAAAAUUGGCUUUUUACCGAGGGUAGCCUACCACGCCGACGACUACUCACUCGUGCUCAAAUCAUCAUCCUGUAAAAGCCAUCUUCUCUGAAAUGACAAUAUUAUAUAUUACUUUCUGAUAUACUAAAUUCUCUUACAUUUGCGCACAUUUUAGAAUUUUUACCAGGAUGCCGAGAAGCCCAUACUCGGUAUGAUUCUGCAGCUGGAUGAAUACCUCCGCAAGAAUCAUCCAAAUGAAGUCCUCGAAAAGCUUUCGCUCCUGUGGAUCUCCGGUGCCGACGUCAACGAGCUGUUCGGAUGUCAUAAGAUUCCGGUGAUCAACGCAAAGCUAACCGUUCUCCACCAGCUGCUUCAAACGGAAAACGAGCAACUCAUCCGUCUAAUGGUGCGCCACGGCGCCGACUUGCAAGCUCGGGACUCUUUGGGACGAAGCAUCCUGCAGUGCCAGUGGCGAAAGACCGUGUCCAGCUGGCCGAAAUGUUUCUCGAGAAAGGAACUGAUGUCAACAUCAACGACGCUGACACAGCCGUCUAUGACACACCACUGCUCGUCGCAGCCGGCAGCAGCAGAGCCAACAAACUGCUGCCAUUGUUGAUGCAAUGCGGAGCCGAUGUUUUCGUCGAGAAUGCAGCGGGCGAGAACGUUUUGCACCGACAGUCUGGCGGCCCUGUGCAACAUACUAACAUGGCCAGGGUCUUUAUCGAGAUGAGAGUCUCGCUCGAUCGUAGAGAUCGUCGUGGCCUACGUGGGUCACGGCGAAUUGGUGAAGUUCUAGUUGGACCACAGCGCAAACGUGAAUUCACUCGACGGCCUAUCUCCACUGCAUUUGGCGGCCACAAGUUUGAAGUCGGAAGUGCUGAAAACUUUGGUCAAACGCGGCGCAAACAUUCAUCAUAGAAGUAAUUCAAAAGGUCACACGGCGUUGCACGUCGCUUGUCGGGACUUUCUAGAGAACAACAUAAAAUUACUUCUGUCUGAGGCGCGAAUACGCUCGUCGUCGAUAGCGACGGCCAAACGCCUUUGGCUCUCAUGAUGACUCGCGAAAACAUGCAUGAGGAAUCAAGCAUCAGGAUGAAGAUCGUCAAGCUAAUGGCGCUGUUAAAAGUUCGCUUUCCAGCAUCGAUCGCGUCGAAGGACGAGCAGAUCAUCGAGCAGUAUCCGAACCUGAGCAAUCACUAUCGAGCCUGCAUCGAACAGAUCGAGAGAAUGAAAUCCAGGAGGUUCAUCGAUAGCUGCACGUUGUACGAUCUCCUCGUGAAAUGCCACUGUAAGCUUGCCGAGCUCUUUCGCAAUCCCGCAUUCGAAAGCAACUUCAAGCUUUACGAUUUGAGUGAAUUUUCCACGUAUGCGAAGGACAUGGCGCGAGCUUUCGAGAGCGCGCAGAAGCUCUAUCACUCUAUGGUUAAGCAAGAGGAAGUUAUCAGGAAGUUAUCGAGGCUACGUACGACACUUUGUCUCAGAUAAUUGUAAGAGAGGUCGUUCGUCACAUAGUUGAUUGUUGCAAAAAUGAGAAUUAAGAAAAAUUUGUAAAAAUAUUGAAAAAUAGUAGAUAGAUGGUCUCUGAAAGGAUCGCGGAUUCGAUUCCUGGUGCGGACGAGCAGAUGAGGAAUUUUCUUCUCUCUGAAAAUCGGUGCGUUCAUUUUACGUCUGCUGACAGACUGCUUUGCUUAUUAGAGCGUUACCGAUUCAGUUGACUAUUAUAAUUUUUAGUAAAACUAUAUGAAUAAAUAUAAAAGCAUUUGUUUAAAUUUCAAAUAGAUUAAUUAAAUCACUCCAUGAUAUGCGUUUCACAAACAUGCCCAAAAAAUAAACUCAUGAUUUUUAAAGCACUGGACCUUUAUUUAAGUAUGGACUUUAAAUUGUUUUUUGAACACAAUAAAAGCACAUUUUUUUA